AUGUCGGUCUCAACGUCAGGAUUUGCUCUCCGAAUAAACGGCACCUGCCCAGGAAACGAUGUCGACUGCGGCGCAACAGUAACGCCUUACCGCGCCUGCUGCCCAGAGAAUUCAUUUUGCCCAAGCCAAUACAAUGUCAAUUGUUGCCCCACCUCAGCCAAUUGCACUGGCAUCUUACUCCAAAAUCCUCAAUGCGCAAACCAAUCGUGGAAUCUGUAUGAUAACAGCGGAUACUUUUGUUGCGAGAAGGGUUUAAUUGGAUAUGCUUCAACGACCGAUAGUGAUGGGUGUGCCUCCCCUGGAUACGCAUUUCAAAGUGGAGAGGUCACGCUCGCUAUAAUAAGCACCGGAACAGGUAUGUUACCCUGCAAUAUAUCAUCAAGCUCUGCAACCUCAACGUCAACGUCAACAUCCUCGACCAGCACUCCAACCCACACGACCUCUUCCCUCGCCAAGAAAUCAAAUACGGGACCACUUGUUGGAGGUAUAGUGGGCGGUGUCGUGGUCACCAUUGUUAUUGCUGCUCUAAUCUGGUUCGUAAUGAGGAAGCGUUCGAAAAAGACGAUCGAGCACACUCUCAACGGCGAACUUGUGGAAUUGCACCACAGAGACGAUAGAGAUUUCAAGAAGCCGAGCGAAUUAGGUAACCAGUAUGGUGUUAGUGAGUUAGCGGGUGGUCAGAAGGGGGAUGGGAGGCCAGGCGAAUUGUGGGCUCCGCAUGCUGUGAGUGAGUUAGGUGUUAAUGUCCCAAGUUAA